CACCCACCGCUGUCAAUUCGAAACCUCGUAGAAAACGGCUGGCCACCGACUCCGAGACUUCUCAUUAACCCAGAAAGAGACUGGCAGGCUCGCCGACGGCACAGCCAGUGAAAGACGAAGAAAACUUGUAUACUUCAUAUAUUAACCGUUUCUGCCACACCAGGGGCCCAGUCGUUUGGCGACCGUUGCCGCAACCGCUUGUCAGACGGUUCGAAGUAGCUCGCGAUACGCGCGAUUCGAUUUUUGAAAAUUUAUCGUAUUUUUACUUUUUUUGUCGAAGUUGCCAGAGUGCAAUUCUAGUGUUGAUCGGAAAUCGUGCUUUGGGAAUUUAUUUUGUUAACCCUACACCAUGGACGACUGACAAAGUGAAGUGAAAUUUAUAAGUGAACCGGCUUAGCGCAAUCAGUUUUUGUACUAAUUGACAAAAGUGCCAUCAAAAUGCGUCUAGCAAAGGAAGUUUUGUGUGCUGGACUCCUAUUUGUAGUUGCCAUCCAAUGGGUGGACAGCGCCCGCGACGCCACGUGCCCCCGCAUCUGUGGACCGGCCCUGCAGGGCGAGCCAGUGUGUGCCACCGACGGGUACAUCUACCCCUCUCUGUGUGACAUGAGGAAGAAGACUUGCGGGAAAGGUGUGAGGCUAGCCCAAGACCAGGGUUCCUGCUCGCGCGCACAGGGCUCCAAGUGCGACCACCGCUGCACCUCAGAGAAGGACCCCGUGUGCGGCACCGACGGACGCACAUACCUCAACCGCUGCAUGCUGCAGGUCGAGAUAUGCAGGGUAGGCAUCGGUCUCUCCCAUCUGGGUGCCUGCAACAACAUCAGCGCGCACCGCGAGAACUGCCCUGUAGACUGCUCGCAGGCGCCGCUCGACGGCCCCAUCUGCGGGUCUGACGGGAACGUAUACAAGAACACCUGCCAGAUGAAGCUGCUGACUUGCGGGCAAGGCGUGGUCCGCACCAGCAAGAAGCACUGCCAGACGACGCGCCACUGCCGCGAGUCGUGCUGGCGCGUGGCUCGGCCCACCUGCGGCUCCGACGGCAAACUGUACGCCAACGCGUGUCGGAUGAAGGCUACUAACUGCGGCAAACACGUGUUCGAAGUGCCAAUGGCAUUCUGCGUGUCUCAAGAGCGCACGUCGGGCGGCGAGGCGUGCGCCACGGACUGCUCCGGACAGAAGGAGAAGCUGGUCUGCGGGUCGGACGAGAACAUCUACAGGAACGAGUGCGAGAUGAAGAUGCUUAAUUGCGGUGUAAGCAACAGGAAGAUCGUCAAGAAGGUGGAUAUGGAGAAGUGCAGGUCCAAGAUGAACAAGUGCUUGAAGGUGAAGUGUCCCGUCGAGUCGGACCCCGUGUGCGGCACUGACGCCAACGUCUACACCAACCCUUGCCACCUGAAGGUCGCCACUUGCCUGAAGGGCGUCCAGCUAGCUCACUUCGGCAACUGCACUUUGCUCCCCAAACUGGAAAUCGACUGCAACGAAGACUGCGACAACACCGUGGAGCAGCCCGUGUGCGGAUCUGAUGGCAAUGUAUACAAGUCCGAAUGCGAGCUGCGUCGCCUCACCUGCGGGCAGCACGUGGUGGCGGUGUCGGCGUCUCACUGCCGCACCACGGCGCUGUGCCACGAGACCUGCCCCGACACGCCCGCCUUCGUCUGCGGGUCUGACAAUAGGUUCUACAAGAACGAGUGUAUCAUGAAGAAGGAGAAUUGUGGAAAACACGUUUUCGUCGUGCCACUGAAGCGCUGCCUGGCUCGCUUCCAGUACUCAGGCUGCGCUCGGGUAUGCCCUCCCGAGUACGACCCCGUGUGUGGCACCGACGACAAGACUUACUCCAACAAGUGCUUCCUCGAGAUGGAGAACUGCAGGUCUAGAAGUCUCGUCCAGAUGAAGCACCUUGGCACUUGCGCGGAACCGAUUGCAGAGGAGCCCAAAAACUAUCUCUACCGAUAGAAACAAAAUCUGGAAUUAGUCAUUUACGCCUAUUGGGGCACAGGUGGUUUAUAACUUUGGAAAAAAAUAUUAUAAUUUAUAGGUACCUAUACCUCCUAUGAAAUAAUGAUGUUGACAGUGCAGUCAUAAUUAUCUAUCUGGUAGGUAACUCGGAUAUGUCCUUUACAUUUAUAUUUGAAACCGACCAGAACCAAUUCCUGUUAAUCAAAAGGCAAUAUUUCAUUCCAUAAUCCAUAUCAAUUCAAUUUGUUAAGGUUAUAAUUACCUAACUCGAUAAAUUAUUAGUGCCAACCAUAUUAAUUAAUGUGUGUAGUUAAUUAAACGAUUUCCUUUUAUACAAAAUAAGUACUAACAAUUCGAAACAGAUGUAAAAUAUAAAUCGUUUGUCUUCCAUUAAUCGUGUAUCUAACUUAUUCAUUGUAAUGAUAAUGAAAAAAUGCAGUACAAAAAUUUCGGUGUUUCCCAAAAAAACUGGAUGAGGGCUUGCUAUACUUUUUUGGGUUCCGUAAUCGAAUAGAUGAAAUAUAAUCUUAUUCGUUAUGUGGAUGAUUUCCAAGGAACGGUGAUUUUAACAAUAAUUAUUUAGUUAGUGUAAGUUUUGACUGUUUAUUUAUUGACUUAUUUAUUCUCUUAUGUAGGUUAGCUAAGUCUUUGUAAAUAAUUAGUGAAAUGUAUCUAAAAGACUUCUAUUUAUUUAUUUCGUUCUUAAAGAAACAUGUUUGUGGAGAGUUAUUAUAUUUAAAUAACCCUGUGACCUGUAUCUGUGCCCGUGCCACCAUCUGCCAAUAUCGUAAGCUGCUAAUCUAUCAAAUCCACACAAGUUACGUCAUUUAAGACAGUAAGUGCCAAUUUCGCUACAAUUGGUUAGAGCAUAACUAGGGAUUAUUGCUUCACUUUUGACACAUCCGUCAAGAAUUUAAUAUGGAGAUGACGUAUAAUUGAUCAACCUUUCCCUGGUUACAAUCUAACCGACUAUGGAGAAAUUGAAGCUAAGCUUGGCUUUCAUUGACAAUAUUGUGAAUCGUUAAAAUAUUAAAUAAUAGUUUUAAGUAGAUGAUGGUAUGGUAGCUGGUCUUGUUACUUUGUUGUAUUAUUUUCUUGCAUUUAAUAAUUUAUUUCCAUAGUUAUGUUUAGGAUUUAGAAAUCUCAUAAAAUUCUUAUUUAAACUAACCCCCGUAUUCACAGAGCUUACAGAUGAUCACACAUGGGAAGACUUACUCCUGGCCAACCAGAAUGGUAUCAAAGCCUCUUUUUAGUCAGGACAAAUAAAAAAAAUCGUAUGUUCAUUGACGAAAGAAGAAGAAGAAAUAAUUCUCAAACCAGUGAGUUUUAACUCUGCGUCCAUCACUAAAGUCUAUUAAGUACCUAGUCUACCUAGUUCUAUGAAUACAGGGGUUAAAAAAAAUUGGUGAACGUUUAGUAAUAAGUAUUUAAUUUGUGUGUCUAUCUUCUGUCUAUAAUUGUUAUGUUGAUCAUAAUUAUCAUAAUAAUCUCGAUUAGAAAUUGUAUAUUCAAAGAGCGUCAAAAAUAAAAAAAUAGUGUAUUGUGUACGUUCAUGUAAGUUGACGAACUUUGUAAGACUUUGUGCUAAAAAUUAUACUUAACUACCUACCUACGUAUUGCCUACCUUUGUAGAAUAUGACCGUAAAAGAAACAUAAUUGCCUAAGUAUAUAAAUCAUUUUAAAUAUAGAAAUAGAAUUCUGUAAGAUUAAUAGUCUUUUGUAUUACUCCAUAAUCUUGAAUACUUUGUAUACGACCCGACUAAUGUAUUUAACACGAUGUAUGAAAUAAAAUCAUUUUAUAGUAUAA